GCGGCCGCGGAAUGUAAACACGGCGGAGCGCGCGGCCCGCCACGUGCGGGGCCGGAGCCAGCCGCCGGGCGACGAGCCGCUCCGCCGCCCAGGGCCGGCCGCGCACAAGAAGGCUCCUCAGCCCCGGGAGCAGAUGGUGAGAGUUGUGUGUCCUUUGGCAUCACAUCAAGUUAAGCUCCGGGCACGGCACCACGGGUUCGCUGUGAUGGUCCGAAGCUUCAGGAGCCUUCUGAUAGACAAACACAGCAGCAAGCCUCAGCAGAGGGAGAGGAUGGCUGUCUGAAAGCUGAGGACAGACCCUUGAGAAGAAACCACCCCCACGGACACCGCGAAGCUGGACUUCCAGGCUCUGUCACAGAAGCGGGAUUAUGAAAGUUACUUGUGUUCCCUGCUGUUCCCUGCAGUAUGCCGAAGUUCUGUGUCUGCACUCAGGGCCUUCAACGUGGAGCUGGCUCAGGCUGGUUAAGGACUCGGUCUCUGAGAAAGCAAUUGGACUGAUGCGGAUGCAGUUCUGGAGAAAAGCUGUGGAGGACAUAUACCGCGACAACCCGCCACACCAGCCUGUGGCCGCGGAACUCUGGAAGGCUGUCAAGAGACAUAAUCUAACUAGAAGAUGGCUUAUGAGAAUCAUUGAUGAAAGAGAAAAAAAUCUGGAUGACAAAGCAUAUCGCAGUAUCCAGGAGCUUGAGGAUUAUGCUGAGAACACGCAGAGCUCUCUUCUUUACCUGACACUGGAGGUGCUGGGCGUGAAGGAUCUUCAUGCAGACCAUGCUGCAAGUCAUAUUGGAAAGGCACAAGGCAUUGUCACGUGCUUGAGAGCAACACCCUAUCAUGGUAGCCGGAGAAAAGUGUUCCUGCCCAUGGAUGUCUGUGUGCAGCAUGGUGUUUCUCAAGAGGACUUUCUGCGGAGGAGCCAUGAUAAAAAUGUGAGGGAUGUUAUAUAUGACAUCGCCAGCCAGGCACACUCGCACCUAAAGCAUGCGAGGUCCUUCCACAGAAGCGUUCCUGCGGAGGCCUUUCCCGCCUUUCUUCAGACGGUUCCUCUAGAGGACUAUUUAAAGAAAAUCCAGCGAGUGGACUUUGAUAUAUUCCAUCCAUCUUUACAGCAGAAGAACACAUUACUUCCAUUAUCUUUGUAUAUUCAAUCAUGGAGAAAAAGAUAUUAAAAUAAUUUCAUGUUACUGA